CUCCAGUUACACCAGUUCAAUCCUUCAAGAAAGUCUCAGAGAGCAGCGGUCACUGCAGACACGGCAAUCUCUCCUCUUCCUGCCUUGAUCAGGGAAGUGCCGCCCUCGAAGUCUCUCGACACUCUGGUCCAUUCGUUGGUACCCCAAACUAUCUUCCUGCACAACCCCUCGGCACAGCUGAACGGCCAAUUCUCUCCUGAACUCUUU